AUGCCUCUCUCUGCGGAUUGCAAAUAUUUCUUGCUGCCUUCUUCAUGGAUUUUAAAAUGGAGAAAUUACAUCAGUCCAUCAUUCAAGAAUCCAGAUAUACCUAAAACUUUAGACAGGGUAAUUGAUUCACUGAUGUGUGAAAAGCACUCUCAACUUGUUGAAAGACCUCCUCAACUGGUUUUCAGACGUGGUGCUAUAAUUCAGAAAGAAUCUUCUGCAAGUGGCUUAACUAUCAUACCGGAGAAUGAUUGGAGAUGCUUUUGUGAAGAAUGGGGUGCUACCAAGACCAAAAGGGUAUCUGCAACAAUUGAGCACAUUAAUAAUUCAGGGGCCUUUUUGACUGGGUCCAGUGAUAAGAUGUUGAUAUGCGAAGAUCAGUUACAGAUAGGGCAUAAAGUGAACGGGAUUACCCAUGUUAUAUGUGUUUUAUCAUUCAAGAUUGGUUCAGUAUUGUGGUGCAACAAAACUCUUUGGCUGUCAUGCCAAAGUGAUGUUCAUGGGAUCAGCGUUUUUUGUUUGCAGUAA